AGUUAUUUAUUUUUGUCUUGAAUUUUAAACUAUUUUUGUAUCAAGGUUUUCUUGUUUUGCUUUAUAUACCUUUAUGUAUGUAGAGAUGCCGAAGCAAAAUAGGGUUAAAAAUCAAUUCAAAUCAGUCAAAGAGAGAUCUUCACUUGUUCCGAGGCAGCCAUCACAGGCUCAAGCUUCAUCUUCAACAUCUUAUCGAGUCUCUUUACAUUCUACACUGCCUACACAACCUACACAGCAUGUUAUUUCAGUUGAUGGAGUCUCUUCGCAACACGGUGUUCCAUCAUCAUCUGAUGGAGUCUCUUCGCAGCAUGUUGUAUCAUCUUUAUCAUCUGAUGGAAUAUCUUCUCAGCCCGCCGUUCCAUCUUCAUCAUCUGGUGCAGUCUCUUCACGACAAACUGGACGUAGUACUAGCAAUGAAGAGCCUCAUUGGUUUGUCGAUGUUAUAGAUGAACGUCAAGUAAUCAAAACAAUUAGAUUGAAGGUUAAGGAUGUCCAUAACUUGGAUAAAGGAUUGCGUAUAAUUGUAGAAUUUGAUGAAUAUCAUGCAGCAAUUGGGAAAUCGGCUGGCCUAAUUGUUGGAGUUUUAGGGCAGCUAGCAACAAAUCCUAUGUACUUUCCUAUUGGCUUUGAGAAAUGGCAAUCCAUGCCCAAAUCUUUUCUGGACCGUGUUUUUAAUGAUAUAAUAGUGCCUCGAUUUUUUUUUACAAUUGAUCAACAAAAGGCAAAGGCAUGGCUUAACAGUUCCAUUAACAAAAAGUGGAGGGAGUACAGGCUAAAACUAUGGAAGGAGGCUGACGAUCCAUUAUUAAGUAAAGAAGAUAUCAUCAAGAACGUUCAGGAUGGCAUACCGAUGGACCAAUGGGCACUGUAUGUUACUUAUCGCAUGAAAGAGGAGACAAAGGUACUUUCUUCUGCUAUUGCUACUUCUGCUUCUUCUUCUGUUUCUGUUGCUUUUUUUUUUCUACUGCUUCUCUGCUUCAUCUGCUAUUGUUGCUUUUUCUUCUUCUGCUACUACUUCUUCUGCUUCUUAUUUUGUUUCCGCUGCUUCUUCUGCUAUUGUUGCUUCCGCUACUGCUAAUUCUGCUUCUUCUUUUGCUUCUGUUGCUUCUUCUUUUGCUUCUGCUUCUUCUGCUAUUGUUGCUACUGCUAUCUGCUUCUUUAGGCUAUCUGCUUCUUUGGACUCUCAAGUCGAAAUGCAACUAUUAACAUUGAGGUGCAGUAUUUAGUGAGUUUGGGGAUGUUUGCAUUACUGUAAAGUCUAACUAGUUUGGGAAUGAGGUGCACUGACUAGUGAAUUUGUUUGAUGUUUAGAGGCGAAUUAUGUUUUAGGCCUUGUACAAAGCAUAUUGAUGAAAUCGUGUGAUUUCAACAAGCUCUGUUGGUU